ACCAGAACUAAUUACUUACUAAUAUAAAAUUCAAAAGUAACACAAAUAUUAUUUUCCCUUUAUGAAUAAACUAUUUAAAAGACUGUAAAUUUUUUGAAAAUAUGCAAAUUGGUUAAUACAAAACAACAAAAUAUAAUACAAAAUUCAUCCGACCAAUCGGGUCGGGUAAAAGCUAGUAGAACAUACCACCAAAGCUGGAACGCCACCUAGGCAAAAUCCUCCACCUCAUACACCAUCCCACGUGUCCAAACUCAAUAAAUAGACCCGACCAACCUAUCUGCCCCACCUCCCCCUCUCUUUUCUUCCACUCUCCAUUACUUUAAUGAACCUAACUAACUCCCUCUAUCCCUCUCUCUUCCAUUACUCUUCCUUUUUCUUUCUCAAGCUUUCUCUUCUAUUCAUCUCUCAGGACAAACCCCACGACAAGACUCCACAAAGCAAAUAAAACCCUCCACUCCUUCCCUCUUCCCGGCAACCGUCAAAGCUUCGUCUUCUUCUCCUCCCCUCCGCAACCUCCGGCCACUGCUCCACAAUGCAACACUAGCACUUCAACUUCCACCUACUGCAUUGUCAACCAUUUUCACAACCCGCCACAGAAAUCUUCUCUGUUUUCUCCAACUCUCUCUCUCUCUCUAGCUCAUUUCAGCCAUUGAUGAACUCAGCUGCUUUAUUCUUUUCUUCUUGUCCUCACCCUCCUCGCCUUUUGUCAACGCUUCUGGUAGCCGACCUAUAUAGCUCCUUCACAUGAGCCUAGCCGUUUGAGAAACAGGUACAGAACAAAAAUACCGGGCCAUACUCCAUACACAUCUCCUCGUCAUUUCCCCCCUUUCCAUCGAGCAAAAAGAUUCUCCCUUUUCACAUUCCCGUUCCGCGGUUACCUACCCAGUUGGAAAUUUCUGGCGGGGCUAAUUCAAUUCAAACAAAGACUCAAUCUUUUUCCUCAAAUGGUUUGAUUUCUCCACCGCAAUGCUGAAGAUGGGAAGGCCUCUGUUUCUGCUGCCUCUUCUUCUCGCCUUGGUUGUAAGCUGCUUGGGAUCUCUGUUCCCGUCCCUCAACGACGACGUACUGGGUCUGAUUGUGUUCAAAUCCGACCUUCAAGACCCGAAAGGAAAGCUCGCAUCUUGGAACCAAGACGACUACAGCCCCUGCGGCUGGGUGGGAGUGAAAUGUAGCCCCAGAUCUAACCGGGUCACCGAACUUUCCCUCGACGGGUUAUCUCUCUCGGGUCGGAUCGGGCGGGGUCUCUUGCAGCUCCAAUUUCUCCGUAAGUUAACCCUCUCCAGAAACAACCUCACCGGUUCUUUCCCUACUCAACUCCUCGCGCGCCUCCAGAAUCUCACUACCCUCGAUUUGAGCGGGAAUGCUCUCUCCGGCCCAAUUCCCGACGAGUUUUUCGCCCAAUGUGGGUCUCUCCGAGCAAUUUCUUUGGCUGAAAACAAGUUCUCCGGCAAGUUUCCGGCGUCUUUGAGCUCGUGUUCUGCUCUGGUUUCUGUAGACUUCAGCUCCAAUCGGCUCUCUGGGUCUCUGCCACCUGGCAUUUGGGGCUUGAAGGGGCUGAGGUCGCUUGAUUUGUCUGAUAAUUUGCUCGAGGGCGGAAUUCCUCAAGGGAUUGAGGCUCUCAACAACUUGCGUGCUGUGAACUUGAGCAAGAAUCGAUUUACUGGGCAAAUUCCCGGCGGGAUUGGGAAAUGUUUGCUGCUGAGGGCCGUCGAUUUCAGCCGGAAUUCGCUCUCUGGGUAUCUUCCAGGAAAAAUGCGGAAUCUGAGGCUCUGUUAUUCUCUCAGCGUCUCCAGUAACUCCCUGACGGGUGAAGUUCCGAGCUGGAUUGGGGAGCUGAAAAGCAUGGAAAGUUUGGAUCUUUCUGGGAACAAGCUCUCUGGUCGCGUCCCUGCUUCGGUUGGGAAUCUUGAGGUGCUUAAAGUUUUGAACUUUUCCGGGAAUCGUCUAACUGGCGGCAUCCCAGAUUCCAUAUCCAGCUGUGGCAGCCUCUCGACCUUGGAUUUUAGCCAUAACUCGUUGGGUGGCGGGCUACCAGCGUGGAUUUUUGGAUCUGGGUCGGCGAAGCUUUUGCACUUGUCGGCGGGGCCGAAGUUGGAGUAUUUGGAUUUGUCCGACAAUGAGUUCUCUGGUGAUAUUGCUUCCACUAUUGAUUACCAAAGCAAACUCCUGGUGUUGAAUUUGUCUGGGAACUCGCUUACAGGUCCUAUACCAGGCGCCAUUGGAGAGUUAAAGGAACUGGAAGUUCUAGACUUGUGCACAAAUAAGUUGAACGGAAGCAUCCCUAUGGAGAUUGGUGGAGCUAUCUCUCUAAACGUUCUUAAACUGGAUUCUAAUUUCCUAUCUGGCCAGAUUCCGAGUUCAAUUGGAGACUGUUCGUCACUAACUACACUAAUCCUUUCUGGGAACAUAUUGAGUGGACCAAUACCAUCCUCAUUAGGUAAACUCGCCAGCAUACAAAAUGUGGACUUAUCUCUCAACUCUCUCUCUGGCACCUUACCAAAGCAGCUAUCCAACCUUCCUAACAUAGCAACAUUCAACAUUUCCCACAAUCGCCUGCAAGGCGAACUACCUUCCGGUGGUUUCUUCAACACCAUCUCGCCAUCUUCCGUGUCUGGCAAUCCAUCUCUAUGUGGCGCGGUUGUCAACAGAACUUGCCAUACAGUCCUUCCGAAACCCAUUGUCCUCAAUCCUAAUUCCACAUCCGAGGAGACAGCCGAUGGCUCAAUCCCACAGAACAGUCUCAGUCGCAAGAGAACCAUACUCAGCAUAUCAGCCCUCGUUGCCAUUGGUGCAGCAGCUCUGAUUGUGGUAGGUGUGAUUGCCAUCACUGUGCUCAAUCUCAGAGUUCAAGCAACUUCCCGAUCAGCAGCUGCAUUGACAACAUACUCUGAGGGUGGUGACGAUGAUGACUUUAGCCGUUCGCAUACUACAGACCCCAAAUCUGGCAAGCUCGUCAUGUUUUCGGGAGAUCCUGACUUCUUCAGUGCUGGAACACAUGCUCUUCUCAACAAGGACUGCGAACUUGGGCGUGGAGGGUUCGGAGCAGUGUACCGUACUGUUCUUAGAGAUGGUAACCCAGUUGCAAUCAAGAAGCUCACCGUGUCGAGCCUUGUCAAGUCACAAGAUGAUUUCGAGAGGGAAGUCAAGAAGCUGGGGAAGAUUCGCCACCAGAAUCUCGUACAAUUGGAUGGUUACUACUGGACUACAUCGCUGCAGCUGCUCAUUUACGAGUAUGUCUCCGGAGGUAGUCUGUACAAGCAUCUCCACGACGGCGGUAACCUUCUGUCAUGGAAUGAGAGGUUCAAUCUGAUCCUAGGCACAGCGAAAGGGCUAGCACAUUUGCACCAAUCGAACAUCAUCCACUACAACAUCAAGUCCAGUAAUGUACUCAUCGAUGGCGAAACAGGCGAGUCUAAAGUGGGGGACUUUGGGCUGGCGAGGUUGCUUCCAAUGCUGGACCGAUACGUGUUGAGCAGCAAGAUCCAGAGCGCGCUUGGGUACAUGGCGCCUGAGUUUGCUUGCAGAACGGUGAAGAUCACCGAGAAGUGCGAUGUGUAUGGAUUUGGAGUUCUGAUUCUGGAGAUAGUCACCGGGAGGAAGCCCGUGGAGUACAUGGAAGACGACGUCGUGGUGCUUUGUGACAUGGUGAGAGGAGCACUGGAGGAAGGAAAGGUGGAAGAGUGCAUCGACGAGAAGCUUCAAGAUGCAUUUCCAGCAGAUGAGGCGAUUCCGGUUAUGAAACUGGGUUUGAUAUGUACUUCGCAAGUGCCAUCGAACCGACCUGACAUGGGGGAGGUGGUUAACAUAUUGGAGCUGAUCAGAUGUCCAUCAGAAGGCCAACAGGAUUAAUCAAGGUUUGAGAUUAUGAUGACAAUAGGAAUAACUAGGUGGGUAAUUAGAUUAUGAUUUAUCAUGAGUUAUUAUCCGGGGAAGACGAAUCCGGCUUUGUUACUGCAUUGAUCCAUGAAUGUGUGAGAAUUUGGGUAGAGGGUUAAUGUGUAAUGCUUGAAAUUCUGGUGUUCUGAAGGCCUCCUGUUAGAUUGAUCGCCGGAUUCUUCUUCACCGGGUCCCAACAUUUUCUGGGACCCUUUGUUGCAACAAGUGACUGUCAGUAUUCCCUCAUUUUCUUCUUUGUAACCAGCAGAAGUGAUUGAUGAUGAAUUGAUGAUGAUGACUGUUAGUUUGUGAAGGAAGGAUCAUUUUUCUUGUUUUUGUUGGUUGGUUGGUUUGUUAAUGAAUCAUUCAGUUAUUAUCUAAACUUGAAGGAGGAAAGAAUGUUGAUUUAUUGGUUGGUAGCUUGUUUCUGCAAUAAGUCUCCUUAAAGUGAUUAUGCAUUUAAUCCAAACAGACAUGACAUGAUGUGAGUCCAUUGUAAUAAUGCUAGAUUAUGAUUUAUGGGAUACUUUUGGUUUGAUUUGUAGGGCAAAGUUCUUUAUUAGGGGUUGCUAAUCAGCUGUCAGAAAGUCAAAAGGUGAGGGUUAAAAUAAAGUACUGAAACACUGCUGGACUGGAGGGAGGGACUCCCAAAGAUCCCUUUUUUUAUAUAAGGGAAAAACCAUGAUCUUUGCAGUUGAAUAUUGGGAAUUUUUGCAUAGAAAGUAGGAAUUCCACAGCCAAGGAGAGAAGAAGGGGGAAAGACAAAAGGUAGAAAACAAAAUCAGUCAGGAGAAGAAGAAGGUUGAGGACUGUGAGGAUCUGGAAAUAUGAGCAGUGGAGCAUCCUCACAUUUAACUUAAACAAUGAUCAUCUCGAUCAGAGCUGUAUUAGCAUGUAAGUAAUGACUGAGAUAAAGAAUAGUUUAACUGUAUUAACUUAUUUAUAAUUCACCAUCUUAGUCACCUUCAAUCUUUGUUUCGACAGGGCAUGAUUAAUUUUUGGAGCCAAUAAUAUCAUCUCGUCCCAACUCCCAUCACAUGUGGUUGUUAGCUAUCUAUUUCCUUGCAAUUACUCCUACUUGUCUGUUUUCAUGUCGAAUGCUUUCAUAUUUUUUACGUACUUAAUAAGAAAUAUGACGAUACUAAAUAUUAACCAAAUAAUCGAUCAAUAAUUAUUUUACUAUUGUUAUCCAUUUUUAUACUAAAACCAAAGAUCUAGUGUCAUUUAACUGCAUUUUUUAGUAUGUGCUAGAAAUGAAAAUUUAUAAAAAUGUGAUUUUCCCUAAUAUUUUUUGGCAUGAUGCUUGAGGCAACUGUUUCUGUCCUCUCCUCUCUCGUCGCCAUCGCUAUAAAAGAAGAUGUCACUUCCCUUUCAUUCUUUCAAGCAUUCAAUUGGUGGAAGUAAAGUGUGAAAUAGGGUAUCUACUAUCUAGUGUCUACUAAAUAAUAAAAUCCUAAUCGAUAAGGAUAUCUAGUGUUUACUAAAUAAUACAAUGAUAAGGUGGUUCAUCUUGUAGCUAGCCAAACCUUGCUGAUAUACCCUAUUAAUGUGGCCGGUUAGAAUUCCCGAGUUUGAUAAUUUCUAUCUAUUGGCUCUUUGAAUCUUUGAUUCUGGAUAAUGCAAAUUGUCUUUCAACAAAAAAAAAAAACACAUAACUUCUAAACUACUUCUACACCAAAAAGAAUGGAUAUUUGGGAAAAUAUCAGCCUAGUACUCGUGGGAUUACAUUGAACAUCUCGUGAUACACCGAGAGAAACCCUUUGAUGGAUCCAUAAAUCAUAAUAUUAAUGCGCCCAUCUAUUCCCUAGGGUAUCUAGAGGCUCAUCAAUUUGAGGGGCCCUAUAAGAAAACUUUGCAUCAAGCACUGAUUUCUUUUGGUGGACAUCAAGCAAUAAUUUGGUGGGGGGAAAACAUUAGAAGAUUAAAUAGUGUUAGCUAAUUCAACAGCUUUUUUGGAUUGUGACAAUCAACAAACACCCACAUGGGAUCCUUUUUAAUAAAUCAACAAAAUGCUCUGCCUUUUGGUCUUAGAAAAAGCAUGCCAGCAUGGGAAUGUGAGUAUCAUAUUAAUGCAUUCCAUCCCAUUCCAAGAAAGAAAGAAAGAAAGAAAGAAGGCCUCCAGUGGGCUUGCUUGGCACCAACUCACAGCUUGGAAAUCAACAUCAAUUGCUUGUCUCAAGACCUUUGUUGGGUAGUUGGGGAAGUAUGUUGGAUUGGCAGAAAUUGAGCAGAAGAAGAAGAAGGGUAGCUAGGGGGAAGAAGAUGGGGAGCAGCUUUGCCAUUAGAAUGCCACCACUUACUCUGACUCUGAACCCUUUUCCUUUUAAUUCAUCCUUUCACUGUUCUUUUGCCACCAACCAGCUUAUGCUCAAUUUGGGGGAGUUUGCAGCUUUCUCCACACCAGCUUGUUAUAAUAUUUAUUAAUAAGGUGAGGGUAGUUUU